AUGGCGCCUAGAGCGGCGGAGAAGGCGCCUGUCUCCCCGCCCACCGGCCUCGGCCUCGGCGUCGGCGGCGGGAUCGGGGUCGUCGCCGGCGGCGCGCACUACAGGGGCGUCCGGAAGCGCCCGUGGGGACGCUACGCCGCGGAGAUCCGCGACCCGGCCAAGAAGAGCAGGGUGUGGCUCGGCACGUACGACACCGCGGAGGAGGCCGCGCGCGCCUACGACACCGCCGCCCGCGAGUUCCGCGGCGCCAAGGCGAAGACCAACUUCCCGUUCCCUUCGUCGUCGUUGUCCCCUGUCGCCGCCGGCGGCGGCGGCGGCGGCAGCCCGAGCAGCGACAGCACCUUGGACUCGAGCGGCGGAGGGAGCGGCGGCUGCGCCCAGGCGCCCAUGCAGGCCAUCCCGCUGCCGCCCGCCCUCGACCUGGACCUCUUCCACCGCGCGGCGGUCGUCACGGCCGUCGCCGGCGGCGGCAUGCGCUUCCCAUUCAACGGUUACCCGGUGGCGCCGCGCCAGCCCCUGCACCCGUACUUCUUCUACGAACAGGCCGCGGCCGCCGCGGCGGCGUCGGCGUCGGGGUACCGCGCGCUGAAGGUGGCGCAGCCGGUCACCGUGGCGGCCGUUGCGCAGAGCGACUCCGACUCCUCGUCGGUCGUUGAUCUGUCCCCGUCGCCCCCCGCGGUGACAGCGCAUAAGGCGGUCGCGUUUGAUCUGGAUCUCAACCGGCCGCCGCCUUCCGAGGACUAG